AGGAGGAGUCAAAGAUCCUCAAAGGGUUGGGACCUCCUGCUGUCAGUCCCUAGGGAACUUCCUGUUGUCACCACACCUCUGAAUGAGUCGUCUGAGCUCGCUGUGAGCAAAACCCACAGGGGAGACUCUUAAGCCUCUUCGAAGUAAAUGAUUCUUGUGAAUGUGACACAUGAUCUCUCCAGUUUCCAUGUUGAGAUUCUACGUAUUCAUCAGUUUUAUGUGCUUGGCAAGAGCAGACACAGGAGAAACAUGUCCUUCAUUCACCAGGCUGAGCUUUCACAGUGCAUUAGUUGGUACGGGACUGAAUGUGAGGCUGAUGCUCUACACAAGGAGAAACGUGACUUGCGCACAGACCAUCAACUCCUCAGCCUUUGAGAACUUGAAUGUGACCAAGAAAACCACCUUCAUUGUCCAUGGAUUCAGGCCAACAGGCUCCCCUCCUGUUUGGAUGGAGGACUUAGUAAAGGCUUUGCUCUCUGUAGAAGACAUGAACGUAGUUGUUGUGGAUUGGAAUCGAGGAGCUACAACUGUAAUGUACAACCAUGCCUCUAGUAAGACCAGAAAAGUAGCCACCGUCUUGAAGGAAUUCAUUGACCAGAUGUUGGCAAAAGGAGCUUCUCUUGAUGACAUUUACAUGGUCGGAGUAAGUCUAGGCGCCCAUAUAGCUGGGUUUGUUGGAGAGAUGUACCAUGGACGGCUGGGGAGAAUUACAGGCCUCGACCCUGCGGGCCCUUUAUUCAACGGGAAACCUCCUCAGGACAGAUUAGAUCCCAGUGACGCGCAGUUCGUUGAUGUCAUCCAUUCUGACUCUGAUGCACUGGGCUAUAAGGAACCAUUAGGAAACAUAGACUUUUACCCAAAUGGAGGAUUGGAUCAGCCUGGCUGCCCAAAAACAAUAUUGGGAGGAUUUCAGUAUUUUAAGUGUGACCACCAGAGGUCUGUGUACCUGUACCUGUCUUCCCUGAGAGAGAGCUGCACCAUCACUGCAUACCCCUGUGACUCCUACCAGGAUUACAGGAAUGGCAAGUGUGUCAGCUGUGGUGCCUCACAAAACCAGUCCUGUCCCCUCCUGGGCUAUUAUGCUGAUAAUUGGAAAGACUAUUUAAGGGAAAAAGAUCCUCCAAUGACGAAGGCGUUCUUUGACACAGCUGAGGAGAAGCCAUUCUGCAUGUAUCAUUACUUUGUGGAUAUUAUAACAUGGAACAGGAACAUCAGAAGAGGGGACAUUACGAUCAAAUUGAGAGACAAAGCUGGAAACACCACAGAAUCCAAAAUCAAUCAUGAACCCACCACAUUUCAGAAAUAUCACCAAGUGAGUCUACUUGCAAGAUUUAAUCAAGAUCUGGAAAAGGUGGCUGCCAUUUCCUUGGUGUUCUCUACAGGAUCCGUAAUUGGCCCAAGGUACCAGCUCAGGAUCCUCCGAAUGAAGUUAAGGUCCCUCGCCCAUCCGGAGAGGCCCCAGCUGUGUCGGUAUGAUCUUGUCCUGAUGGAAAACGUUGAAACAGUCUUCCAGCCUAUUCUGUGCCCAAAGUUGCAGAUGUAACUGUCGCCAGGACACAUGGGCAUCAGUAACAGAAAGAAAGCUACAACCACGGGCUGUUUUAAAGCAUCACCUCACCUUUUCUGCAAGGCACAAAAAAAAACCCCAAAGCUUUUUUCAGUAGCAUCUAUGGAUGUCACAUUGUACAACAUCAAACAACCUUGUGAUUAUAAAACGAUUCUGGAAAGGGAGCCCCUAACUAGGGCAAGUCAGAAAUAGCUAGGCUUGCGGCAGCCCAGCGCUGUGUCUGCUGCGUCCUGGGGCCUCCUUUGUUCCGACCUGUCAAUUCUGUUGCCUGUCACUCGGGUGGGUUCUGCCCAUCACGGUUCCAGGUCAAGCAUCUUCAAGGGAAGGACGGACUGGAGGCCUCACUGUGGACUCAACUCUGCAUUCUCUGUGCCAAAUUUCUCCAGUUCCCGCACAAGGAAGGGAAUGAAACUGACCUGUACCUCACCCGGCUGCAAUGUGGGUUUGGAGGCAAAUCUAUGAAGGCUUUUUUGAAAUCCCAUGGGUCCACAUCUAUGAGAUGUGUGAUAAAUGUGAAUAUGCUUUUA